AUGACCCAAAACGCAUCAAUUAUGAUCCACCAACCCCAUAUGUCUCCUUAUGAUCGUCGCGCCACUUCAAUAGAAUCAAGCUUCGAUUCAGAGUAUCUGGGCUUUUUGCAUUCGUAUGUUGCACGAACUUAUUUAAGAACAAGAAGGCAAGAUUUCGAACUAAUUUGUUAUCUAUUAGAACGAGAUAUUUAUAUGACACCAGAGCAAGCAGUAGAGUUUGGUCUUAUCGACAAAAUCGGCAUAGAAGGACUCGGUUUUUCAGAUACAUUAGAUACAUUGUUUGUUCAUGACGAUGCUGAUGCCCAUGAUAGUAGUUUUGCUCAUUUUAUUCGUGAUUUUGCUCGUGAUCGUGAGGAUCGCAGCAUCGACCGUCGGUCUGCGGAAUGGAUUUCACCAUGGAAUCCCACAACAUUGGAUUCUAACAGGCCAAACAAUAUACCCGUCCUGGACCAUCGCAAGGCAAGGAUUAUAGUUUUGCGAGGGGAAAAUGAUAGUGCAAAAACAUUACAAACUACAGUUCUUGAGAAAAACAACAUAUUGGGAAAAAUUGUAACAAUAGAAAGUGAUCCUAAUAGAAGUGCAUAUAUCUGUCUUGUGCACUACAGAGAUGGUCAAAAGACAUAUAUUUUGCAUCUGAGGGGGAUUAUGAUUGGAGAUACUAUUUUGUCCGGUCCAAGAGCUCCCAUAUCAAUGGGAAAUGCCCUACCUUUAACCAAUAUACCUUUAGGCACGACUAUACAUAAUGUCGAAGUACAAGUCAGAAAAGGCGGACAAUUAGCUACAGCAGCGGGUGCUAUGCCAGAAUUGAUCGCAAAAGAAGGUCGAUUGACCACAUUAAGAUUACCAUCUGGGGAGGUUCGUUUAAUAUCUGAGAACUGCUUAGCAACAAUUGGACAAGUAGGCAACGUUAAAUGGAAAAAUAGAACUUUAAGUAAAGCUGGGUCAAAAUGUUGGCUGGGUAAACGUCCUGAAGUAAGAGGAGUAGUUAUGAAUGUUGUGGAUCAUCCUCAUGGGGGAGGUGAAGGAAGAGCUCCAAUUGGCAGAAAAAAACCCCUGACCCCUUGGGGCUAUAGCGCACUUGGAAAAAAGAGUCGGAAAAGAAAUAAAUAUAGUGAUGUUUCAAUCCUUCGUCGACGUAAGUAAGAAUAGUUGUAAAUCCUUUUUUUUUUCUAUCAAUAAAAUGAAAGGUAAUUAACCAUGGCACGUUCACUAAGAAAAAAUACUUUUGUAUCUAAUGAUUUGUUGAGUAAAAUAGAUAAUCUAAAUAUGAAUAAAGAGAAGAAGAUAAUAGUAACCUGGUCCCGGAGAUCUGCCAUUGUACCCGCAAUGAUCGGUCAUACCAUUGUUGUUCAUAAUGGAAAGUCACAUUUACCCAUUUUUAUAUCAAAUGGUAUGAUAAACCACAAAUUAGGAGAAUUUGUACCUACUUCCAUUUUCCAGGGACAUGCAAAAAAGGAUAAAAAAUCGAAAAAUGAAAAAAAUAAAUAAAAGAGAGAAACGAGAAAAAAGUAUCGUUGUAAAUAGUAUACAUUAAUUCAUUGUGGAGGAUGAAGAUGAAAUUUAUAAAUAGGGCUUCGACUAGAAAAAUACGAGCUGUAGCUAAACAUGUACGUAUGUCUUCUAAUAAAGCACAUAGAGUAGCUCAUCAACUUCGUGGUUGUACCUAUAUGGAGGCACUUUCGAUACUGAAUUGGAUGCCUCAUAGAGCAUGUUAUCCCAUAUUAAAAGUACUUCAUUCUGCAGCCGCAAAUGCAUAUCACAAUAUGGGUAUAGAUAAGGGCUUUUUAUUUGUCCUUAUGGCUGAAGUGAAUGAAGGUCCUAUUUUCAAAAGAUUUCGACCUAGAGCUCGGGGACGCAGUUAUCCAAUACAGAAACCCACUUGUCAUAUAAG